UCGACGCACUAACGCAUUGAAGGGAAGCUCCCACAAAGACUUCCCGGGCAGCUGCUGCCGGCAACUGCAAUAUGGAGCGGCCGCCCGCAGAGUUGGGUGAGGGAAGCUCGCCCCCUUGGCUGCAGCCACCGGACUCGGGCUGGCAACGACUUCGGGAGCUCUUUCGGCGGAAUGAACAAAAUGAAUACCCAGAAGAAACUAUUGAUAUAAUUAAAGCAACGUUUACAGGGGGUAUUACUGGCUUGGUCUAUGGAGGUAUCCCUGGAUUUGUAAAUGCCAAAAAGCAGUAUAUUGAGCAGUGCAAAGGAGAAGUCUAUCAUAAUCGGCUGGAUGCUGUGCAAUCUAUGCAACGUAUAGCAAUCAGAGGAUUCAUCCGAUAUGGCUGGCGGUGGAGCUGGAGAGUUGCUGCUUUUGUAGCAAUAUUCAACACAGUGAAUACUGGCUUGUCUGUAUAUCGUGAUAAAAGCAUCCUUAGUCACUAUACCAUUGCUGGAGCUUGUACCGGAGGCUUGUUCAGAAUGCACUUGGGCUUGAGAGGUCUGGUUGGAGGCAACAUUAUUGGAGGACUCUUGGGUGUCUCUGUAGGAGCAUUACUAAUGGCACUGCAAAAAGUCACUGGAGAAACCUUUAUUGAGAGAAGGAAAAGAAAGCAAAGUGAGCUACAUGAAAUGAAGAUGGCAAUGUGGAGGACCACUCUUGAUAUCUCUGAAGAUAUUUCAGAAGGAACAGAUGAUAUCCUGCAGGAAGAAGAUGAUAUCAGAUAAUCUCAGAGAACAAAAAUUCAACUUCAAAAAUUGACUAGAAGCUUUUGUUGGAAGGGGAGAAAUUCGAAUUCCUCUGGACACAUAAUUAAAUAGGUGCACGUGACAACAGAACUUCCUUUUGUGGAAUAAACAGUAACUUUUUUUAAAAAAGUAAAGGAUUGUAAAAAUAAUUACCAGGAAUAUUAAACAAUACAUGAAUUCUUCGAUGUGGUCCUACUGCUCCCUUGAAUAUAUAUAAAAAAAUCAGGGAAUAUUUUCAAAAAGCUAAGGCCACUGUUCAGUUUUGAGCCAACAGGAUAAUUUAGCCUUCACUGAUGGCAGUAUGAGGACAAGAAUAAAUUUAUUCAGCUGAAUAAAUACCCUGUAUCAAUCCUUAUAGUAAGCCAGUGACCUCAUUCCCAACACUUCUUGCCUGACACACUUGUCUCAAACUCCUUUGCUGCCACUUUUCUUCUCAUACUACCACCACUGAUAAUGAGCUGAGUUUGCUCUAUCCCUGCAUCUAUUACUUAAGAAAUAAUCACCUCAUUUGGGUGAAUGUUAGGGAAAUAAAUUAUUUGUAUGUCCAAGCAAUCCCAUAUCCAGGUCCAUCCUGACUCUCCCAGUCUAGCAAACAGUGAGAUGGAGAUGAAUGAUUAAACAUUUCUUUCAACUAUGUGAAUGGGUACUGAUGUCUAACUAACCAUAUGUGUAGAGUGAAUGCAUCAACUGAUAUUUUGCCAUAAAUAUGGCGAGGAAGGAAACCACAUACCACAAAAUAAAGAUUGUGUGAAUUGGUC